CGAAGAUGACCGACUGGUUGUGGGAGGUGCGGGAGAGCUCGGAGCAGAAGAAGAUCUUCCAAAACUGGCGAAAGGACAAACUCGGAUUUGUCUUGAAGGCGGAUCGCGAUCACCGAUUCCCAAAGAAACGGAAAAACGACCCAAACUCUAAGUACCAGGAGUACCAACUAAUGACUUCUGUGUCCAUGCCCGUGUACGACCUGCGAGAGAACGCGAACAUCUCUGAGCGCGUUCUUAUAAACGAAGCUUAUUGGGUUACUGAGACCAGAGAGACUCGCAUUGCCAACCUCCUCGGUGUGGCUGGAACCGACGUCCCAAUGCAAGAGAUACAGCGCUUGAUGAACCCCUACAAGCUCGGAGUGAACGCGUACGCUUUUCUUGUGACGAACAAUGGUUAUAUUCUGUGUCAUCCUGAUCUUCGUCCUACCUUUGGCGACAUCUUAAAGCCGAGUUACAACGCUAUUGAUUUCGCCGAGGUAGAGUUGGUGGACGACAACCGGGGCCCACGGGAGCUGGAUCCGGUGCUAACACAGCUGCGCGAUGACCUCAUCAACCAAAACAACGGGUCAAAGUACAUCGACGUGAAAUAUCAUUACGACGACAUGCGCCGUGUCGGUAUGGUCAGGCGCCACUUUUACUACCGGCCGCUGCUCAACUUCUCCUUGGCGAUUGCGAUCCCGGAGCCGUACGGCACCCACCGGGUUAGAGCGGAGCUCGAGGUUCGUCGUUGGCACUCUGAAGUCAAGGGCAGUCUUCUGAAUUUCUUCAAAGGGAAGAACUGGAAGGUUCAUCCAGAUUGGGACUACUGCAAGUACCUGUACGAUUCGGAACACAGCUUCGAGAGCCCGGAGGCGGAGCUGCUUCACUUCGCCAACAAGACUAACAAUGUCGGCUGGAAGUGGCUCACCAAAAGCGACUUUCGCUCCCCAGAGCAUACAGCUUCCUCUGUUCCAGGGAACACCUCCAACACCCCAUACAACAAGGACCAUUAUUUCUGUGAUAGAUCGCUUUUCCAGUCGGUCAUCAUGGACGCCAAGGCCACGCAAUGGUUCAACAGUAACCUGUCCGCCCCGGUUGACAAGGGAGCUUUAGCGCUGCUGCUCUUGUUACUUCCAAGGAAGGAGUACCAAGCCCGCUACGGUUUCUGUGUGGCAUUUGUCGCAACGCACAGCGGGUUGACCCGCUGGAUCGACUUCCACGCCAACGGCCACGACGAGAACCACGACGACCAACACUUCAGCGAGAUUCACAACCGAGCUAUCGACGAGCUGUGGUACCAGCGCGCGGUCGAGCAGUACGAGGAGAACAACGCCAGCUUCGUGUACUCCGUGCCGCACCAGGAGUCAGGUCUAGGCGUACUGGAUGGUCGUAACUGCAGAGGUGAAAAUCUCAUUUUCUCGAUGUAAAUCUGGCCGGAAGGUGCGGGAGAAACUGGAUGCUGGGCCCAGACUCUGGUAUCUCCUGCUCCUCGCCGGCCCUGUAGGCGGGGAGGGUUGCAGGACGGCCGGCGCUGGCGGGGUCCUUCUCACGCCCGACCUGUCCUGCCGCCCUCCCGCACCCGUGCUUCUGUGAUAGCUGCUCGCUGAGUAGAGCUGCAGUAAACCGAAAAUAAACCGCUUAUCACGUCAUCUGCUUUGCGUAGCAGGCAUUGUGUAAAUUAUACGUACUUGGACGUCUUAGACGACCGCCAAUAAAGUGACGUAGGGAACA